CGAUUAUGUAGGGCGCAAGCAAGAUGUGUACUGGUGAGCGAGAUUGAGUAUUUCCAAGUAUCUGCAUCUGAUAUCAGUUGACAGCCACGACAUUGAUGACGAGUAAUGUAAACAUCUUACUAAGAUAAGCCAUGCUCUAUUAUUAUCCUGGCCUUAGACAUUCCUUCAUUAUCACAAGAAUAGUACGAAACGUUCAAUGACCUUGGUGAGAUUUGACUAGAACGGUUGUCAAGGAUAUGGUUUCGUUCCGUAGACACGACAAUGGAAACUCUAGAAUGACUACACAGCCCUAGUCAGGUGAUCUUCAACUCUUUAUCUUCACGACUUCAUUAUCUCGUCCAAUGGCACCUUCUCUUCGUACUAUAAAGUACCAGUAGGUGCAGGUAUGUAGUAUGGCAGUAACCAGAACUAGAAAUCAAUCCCAGUUUAUCCUACUACUAAAGACAAAAGCACGUCAUCAUGGGCGCAACUCCAUCACAAGACAACCCCCCGCCACCUAGUUAUGACGAGCUCUACAAGGUGCUUCUCAUAGGUGGGGAACGAGUCGGCAAAACCUCCCUUCAGAGGCGCUUCCAACGUCACCCCUUCAACGAGGAUACAGCCCCCACAACGUCCGUCGACUAUGUCUUUGCAAAAAUCCCAUAUAUCGUCGUCAACGGAGAAGGCGAAUGGAAGAAGAUCCAAAAGCCAGCUAUCAACACUCUCAUAUGGGACACAUGCGGCCAGCACCGCUACUGGCAGCUCGUACCCUCGUUUACGCGCGACGCGAACGUUCUCGUUGCCAUCUACGACGUCACCUGGCGCGAAUCAAUGCAUGAGGCGCUCUGGCGAGUGGAGAGUCAUGCGCAAGAGACUGGUCUGUCAGUGCCUGUGCUCUUGGUAGGGUGUAAGGCGGAUUUGGAGAAUCUGCGGGAGGUGUCUUUUGAGGACGGGAGUAAGGCUGCUGAGGAGCGGGGGUAUCAGUUUCUCGAGGUGAGCGCGAAAACGGGAGAUAAUGUUGAGAGGGUUUUUGGGAUGGUUGCUGCUGCUUGUACUGGGUCGUGCUGAUUGGGAGGUGGGUGUGGCCUUGGAGAUAUCUUAGUAUGUAUGUCACUAUACAGACUUGAUUUUCUAGGAUCAACGAGACUUUCCCCAUUUGGAUGAUGCUGCUUUAAUGAGGGCGCUCAGGGGGUCGCUCACUGAGUAUUUUCUCAUCACCGGUCAAAGCUCAGUGGGCACUCAGGUCCUACUCAGGGCGGGAUUAGUUAUUAGGUAGUCACGAAUGAAGAAGAGCUAGCUAAACCUAUACCUAUAGGCCUGGUAGCUAGUCAAUAGCCU